AUGAUCGGACAACCAGAGCAACUCGGUAAGUCGGAAAUUUUCGCUAGGCUGAACUUCCACGGGUUCUUCCUGGCGGCUGCACCGAAAUACCCGGCGAACCAAAGCCGACGUGGCCAUGGGAUUCGCUGCCUGAUUGGACUACAACAACGUUUCCUCGUCCGCAGUGGCCGAAAUGAGAACUGCGACCUCGCGACAUUUAAACGACUUGACCUAAAUCUGGCUAAUUUUUUUCAA